AUGCGCUCUUUUGCCCACGAUAUAGAAGUUCCUUAUGAUCAAUUCGGCUUUCAAGUAGGAAAAGUAAUUGAAAGCAAGAACUCUGAAUUUCUGGUCGAUACGUACGUAGUGUCACAGUCUGGUUGGCGUGAUUACACCGUCUUAGACGGUCGCGAGGACGAAAUAUUUGGCAUGAGGCCUUAUAAGCCUGAAAUUGGAAAUUUGCCACUGUCUUUGUCUGUCGGAGCUCUCGGCAUGCCAGGAAUUACGGCUUACUUGAGCCUGCUGGAAAUUUAUCACGCUUUCAAUUGCAAGCGAAUCACAGCAGUUAAAGAUAAUUUAAUGUCGAUCACUCCUAAAGGCAUCAAUAUAUUUUUCGACAAUGUCGGAGGAGCUUUCUCAUUUCUGAUAAUGGAAUGCAUGAAUGAGAACGGACGAGUAGCAAUCUGCGGAGCUAUUAGCACUUACGGGGGAGACUUGACGCUGAACACGAAACCAAACACGCGAGUGUCUGUCUACGGAGAAACGUUUAGUUUCGCACAAUGGAAAUGGCCGAAACAGAUCGCUGCACCGUACAUACUCAGGGAAUGGAUUCAAAAAGGUUCCAUAAAAGCAAAGGACACGAUUACUAAUGGAUUUAAAGAGCUGACGGCUACAUUGGUAGCAAUGUACAAAGGGGAGAGCAUUGGAAAAAACUUUGAUGCUUUUUAA